AUGACUGUAAUAAAUUCAUAUAUUUUACCACAUGAAGCCUUCAACCGCGAUACGAAAAACGUAGCACAGUUUGUGGAAGACCAAGAAUUCGUUAAUAGAACACGAAGAACAGCUGCCACAACGGAAAAAGAUCGUCUUUGGAAUAAGGGUAUCAUUCCCUAUGAAUUCGACAAUAUUUUUACUGAACCACAACAUAGAUUAAUAAGAGAAGCAAUGCAAUAUUUAGAUGAGUUUAUGAAACUAUCACAUGGUGAAAUAGAAACAUUUAAUCAAACUUAUGAUCAUCGAUCAGUAAUGCACUACCCGGAAAAUUCAUUUUCAUCCGACCGGGGGCUAAAAACGAUUAUCCCGAGGCAAGAAAAUAAACACGAAGUCCCAGCUAUUGGAAACAAAAAUGAACUCAGUCCGGGUGAUAUAGUAACAACAAACAUUUUAUACCAGUGCCCAAAAUGUGGAGGAACAUUAUUGGAGUCUAGUGGUUCUUUUAGGUCGCCAAUAAACCCAAAUCGCUCGUUGGUGGGUGUCGAACGUUGUGAGUGGAGUAUAAGGGCUGCCGAAGGUGAAAGAAUCGAGCUUUCUAUUAUGUCAUUAAGUAUUUACGAGAGUCCUGAUUGUGCAGUUGAUUAUUUAGAAAUCAGAAAUGGCUAUCGCACUACUAGUACAGUGUUGGCUCGUUAUUGUGGAGAUGUUUAUUCAGAUAAUUUGAUUGCCAGUAAUUAUUUACUAGUGACAUAUGUGAAAACAAGUGAGAAAAGUACUUACAGUGGGUUCCGAGCUGAUUACAAGACUAUUUGCGGAGGUAACAUUGACAUCGAGAGAAAUACACCUUUCAAUAUAGAAUCGACAAAUUAUCCUGAUGAGUAUCCGCCAAACAGGCGGUGCAUUUGGUACUUUACCGCACCAGACAAUCAUCGUAUAGUAAUGAAGAUCAAUUACUUUGCUCUUGAAAUGAGUGACGGUUGUAUAAAUGAUUUUCUCGAAAUAAGAGACGGCAAUGAUGAACAUGCAUUUCUUACUGGACUCUACUGUGGUACCAAAGACUCUUGGCAAGAUUUUUCAACGGAAAAUAAAUUGUCUGUUGUAUUUGUUAGUGAUAAAAUAAAUCAGGAUAACGGAUUUUCAGCCACGUUAACAGCACUGCCUAUAAAUAUUCAAUUGUUUAUGUUAAUAAUAACUGUGAUUAAUUCGUAUUUUUUACCACAUGAAGCCUUAAACCGUGAUACGAAAAAUGCAACACGGCUUGUGGAAGACCAAGAAUGGUUUGAUAGAACACGAAGAACAGCUGCCACAACAGAUAAAGAUCGUCUUUGGGAUAAGGGUAUCAUUCCCUAUGAAUUCGACAAUGUUUUUUCUGAAUCACAACAGAGAUUAAUAAAAGAAGUAAUGCAAUGUGGAGGAACAUUAUUGGAGCCUAGUGGUUUUUUUAGGCCGCCAAUAAGCGCAAAUAAAUCGUUGGUCGGUGUUGAACGAUGUGAAUGGAGAAUAAAAGCCGCUGAAGGUGAAAGAAUCAAGCUUUAUAUUAUAUCAUUAAAUAUUUACGAAAGUCGUGAUUGUGCAGUUGAUUAUUUGGAAAUCAGAAAUGGCUACCACACUAGCAGUGCAGUGUUAGCUCGUUAUUGUGGAUAUGUUUAUCCGGUCAAUUUAAUUGCUAGUAAUUAUUUAUUAGUGACAUAUGUGAAAACAAGUGAGAAAAGUUUUUACAGUGGUUUCCAAGCUGAAUACAAGACCAUUUGCGGAGGUAACAUUGACAUUGAGAGAGAUGCACCUUUCAAUAUAGAAUCAACAAAUUAUCCUGAUCCGUAUCCGCCAAAUAGACGGUGCAUUUGGUACUUUACCGCACCAAGUAAUCAUCGUAUAGUAAUGCAGAUCAAUUACUUUGCUCUUGAAAUGAGUGACGGUUGUAAAAAUGAUUUUCUCGAAAUAAGAGACGGCAAUGAUGAACAUGCGGUUUUUAUUGGGCUCUACUGCGGUAUCCAAGACUCUUGGCAAGUUAAUUCAACGGAUAAUAAAUUGUCGGUUGUAUUUGUGAGUAAUGAAAUGAAUCAGGAUAACGGAUUUUCAAUCACGUUAACAGCUCUGCCUAUAAAUAGUUAAUUUAUUAAAUUAUAUUUAUGAGGCUGAUUAUGUAUAACAACUCAAAGCAUCCAAUGCACGGAUUCAAUCGAAUU